AUGGAUACGAACGUAAAUUUUUCAGAUGCUGAAUUAUAUGAUGCGAUCUUGAUAGAAGACCUAGCGCGUAUUAACGAUUUUACCCCAAAACGGGGGUCCAACUUUUACAUCGAUUUAAGAACAACGGGACUUCUUCAUGAAAUCCUUUCAAAGGGCUUAGCAAUUCUCCCCCUCCACCUGGCUGCAUCUUACAGGAGAGUGAAGAGCCUUGAGAGCCUUCUCUCUGCCGGGGCAGACCCGGAGAUCAGGGACCAGCGAGGGCGCAACGCCCUGCACCUGGUGAUCACCCACUGGCCCACCAUCCUGGCCUCCUGGCCCAAGCCACGCACCAAGUUUGAGAUGGCCAUGAUGUCCAUGCAGCACCGGGCCGAGGCCUGCCUCAGGGUGCUCUGCAACCACGGAGUCAACAUCAAUGCAGAGGUGGACAGUGACGGCCGCCACACCGCGCUUCACCUGGCCGUUCGCUAUGGAGCCCUGCCCGCUAUCAGCAUCCUGGCGAGCCACGGUGCCAAAAUCAACACCAUCGACCACUUUGGGAUGAUGCCACUGCAUAUGGCUGCCGGGAUCCUCAAUACAGAGAUGACAGCCAGCCUGAUCAAGCUUGGGGCCGACGUCAACAAGGUGAUGAGUAAGUCGGGUAACAGCCCCCUCCACCUGGCUGCCCUGGCGGCGGCCAACAAGCCAGUGAAGGCCCUGGGAGUGGACCUGGGCUGUAUCAUUGAGCUGCUGGAUCAGGGGGCUGACCCGAACACAGUGAACCAUGCCGGGCGCACGGCCCUGCACGAGGCCUGUAGCGGGGGCCACGAGGCCGUGGUGGCGCUCCUUCUGAAGUAUGGAGCGGACAUCAACCAGCUGACCACCGCAGGGGAAAACUGCCUCUUCCUGUACCUGGAUCAGAAGCUCAACCUGAGGCACACCUCUCUGUUGUGGAAGCUCCUCGCCAUGACUUACCCCCUGACCAUCAGCAACAGAGAUGGCCACCUUCCCAGCUCUUUAAUGCUCCCAGAGUACUUUGACCAGCGAGACCAGCUACUGAACCUGUGCCAGCAGCCUAGGAGCCUCAUGGACAUAUGUAAGAUCCACAUCUACCAACGCUAUCGGAAGAGUCAUGGUAGAGAAUGCCUGAAGCAGGUUCUGCCAGACAGGGUGCAUGACUUUGUGUUUAACCAUUGGGAAAACGCAUGUGAUGUCAUGUUUGUUAAGGAGGGUGAUGACAUCCCACCUCGGUUCCCCCGCUUUCCCAAUAUGGAGGACUUCACCAUGCCUCAAGGAGUCUAACUCCUCCUGUCCAAGGAGAUGAAGGCUACAGCAUGUUACUUUAACAUUUUAACACACAUUACCUCAACAUAUUCCAUGAACCUCCAGAGAUAUGGAGAGGUUCACAAGUGAUCAACCUCAUCAGAG